UUUCAUGUUUUAUAAAAAACAAAACAAAAUAAAACAAAAAAACAAAGUGAAAAGAGAGAGAAGAAUUUUGUAAUAUAGUGCUUAAAGAUAUUUUUUUCAAAAAAACACGAAACGCACAACUGAAAUUCAAUGGAAUCCGAAUCAGUUAAGCAGACAAAAGAUGAUUUUCCACAAUUCCAAGAAGAAGAUGACGAGUCGGAAAACAAGCAAACCAUAUUUCAAAAGUUUAUAAAAAAUCUUAGAAAAGUAAAAAAAGACAAAUGGACGCUGCUUGUUUUAUUGCUUUUUAAUGGUCUUUACCUGUUUUUUGGAGGGCUAGUUUUUUACUUGUUGGAAAGGCACACACUUAAUUCGUCACGGAAAAUAGAGCAAGUGAAAAUGCUGUUUAAUUUUUUUCAGACGUUAAAUACUUCGACAGAAACCCGACAGUCAAGCACUUUUGAUACACUCAGUUCAAUGGAUAUUCAAAAAAUUGAUAAAAUCAUUGAGAAGAUUUCCAAUGAACGAGAGGAAUGGGAAAGAAGCGAUUGGACAAUACCAAAAUCCGUCUUUUUUGCUUCUACGGUAGUCACCACAAUAGGUUACGGAAACUUAGCACCAUCCACAGCGUGGGGGCGUAGCUUUUGCGUUCUGUAUGCCAUAAUUGGUAUUCCACUAACACUCGUUUUACUUGCAAUGGUGGGGAAAACACUUUCAUCUAGCAUAAACACUUUGUGCCGAAUCAUUGUGAAUAAUGUACAGAAAUAUUUAUACUCCGGAUACAAGUACGACAGCAUGGAAGGAGUCACAGAGUUAAACGCUCCUGUUUGGUUAGCAAUUACUUUUAUCAUGAUAUUCCUCUCACUCGAUGCACUCGUUUUUAUGUGUUUGGAGGAUUGGUCAUACUUUAAAGCACUAUAUUUUCUUUUUAUAACACUGACGACAAUAGGAUUUGGUGAUAUUGUUCCGCAAGGUACAAAAGCUAUUUGGUUUCACGUCACUUUGUUAUAUGUUGGACUUGCUGCAGUCUCAAUCACUAUAAAUUUGAUUAUUGCUAAAGUUCGAAUCCAAUACCACAAGCAAAAACAAAAAAUAAAGUUUGUUAAAAAAUUGGAAAGAAAACUUACUAAAACUUUUCCUAAUGAGAAUACACCUUUGACUAAAGCUAUUGAUAGUGAUAACUAAAUAUUAAAGUAAAUAAUCAUACAUUUAAAUAUACAAACCUAAUUAGAAGUAUAUACCUUACAUUAGAUUCAAAGAAUAUAGCGUAUAAAUUAGUACAUAAAAUAAGAUGUUUCGUGAUAAUGAGUUAAUGAGUUUGGUGAUAAUAGGGUGGUGGCGGGUGGUGCGUGCUGUCCUUUAAUGAACCUGUUAAAUUUUAGUUUGCAAACGGUUAUUAUGUUAAUAUAGUUACUUUUAUUUUAUUUUUUCUUAAGCAUAAUUUGUAUUUAUUUGUAAAUAGACAACUUGUAUUUAUUUUGUAUUUAAACUCUGUAAAAACCUUGAAAUAAUUUCAAAAUGGUUUUGAAAUAACCUAUACAGUUAACAUAUAUAUAACCUAUACAGUUAACAUAUAUGCGUUUAAUGAUUAUUAAUACGUGGCAAUUUU